UCAUGCGUGUAUUUAUUACACACAAAUGCUGUGCCAUGGUAGCGGUAUGAGAAGGUCUCACAACAUGGGGAAAAGAAUAUACUGGAAUUUUGAUGCAGCGUCUUGCUUUUCCCCUGGAAAUCCCUGUUUUCAAUGCUGCGAUUUAAGAAAGGAGAACGCCUCUGAAGCAGCAGAAAAUGGGGGAGGGGAAGGGAAGCCAGGCAAGCCAUAGAGUGAGAGAUGAGAGGACAAGCAGAGGAAGGAGAGGCACAGCGGAGCAUCAUUUCCUAUGCUCGAGGAAAGCUCCGGCAGAGGCGAUUGGCUGCGGUAGAAGGUAGCGUCACUGCUAGUGAGGGAGAGCUUUGAGGAUGCUCUGCAAGACUGGGAGGUUGUACGUUUUUUAGGAGUUCGCACUGAGACCAUCUCCAGCUUCAGAACUCGGAGUGCUCCACAGAGUACAUUCAACCUCCCAAAGCUUGUUUACUCUCCUCCAGCCAUGAAUUAUCUGCGCCGGCGUCUCUCGGACAGCACUUUCAUCUCCAACCUCCCCAAUGGCUACAUGACAGACCUUCAGAGGCCUGACCCAGCGCAGCCUCCUCCACCUGCUUCCUCCACCCCUGCCAAGUCUCCUACCGCUGCGCCAACACCUCCAGCCACAUCACCUGCACCGGAGAGGAAGCCUCAGCCGGCCCAGUCAACUGGGGCCGGGUUCUUCAGCUCCAUCACAAACGUAGUGAAGCAGACAGCCGCCUCAGCAGGGCUGGUGGAACAGACCCAAGUCACGACGCCGAAGAAGUUUAAGAUUCUGUUGGUGAUUGAUGAGCCUCAGCAAGAGUGGGCAAAAUUAUUCAGAGGGAAGAAAGUGCAUGGGGAUUAUGACAUCAAAGUGGAGCAGGCGGAAUUCAAUGAUAUCAACGUGGUGGCUCACGCCAAUGGAACCUGCAUUGUUAACAUGCAGGCUCUCAGAAAUGGUACCAAGGUGGUCAGGUCCUUCAAGCCUGACUUUGUCCUGAUUCGUCAACAUGCCUUCAGUAUGACCCAAAAUGAAGAUUUUCGCAACAUGAUUAUUGGUCUCCAGUAUGGGGGUGUACCAAGCAUCAACUCCCUGGAGUCCAUCUACAACUUAUGCGACAAGCCGUGGGCGUUUGCUCAGCUUAUCAAUACCUGCAGAAAGCUGGGAGUUGACAAGUUCCCUCUGAUCGAACAGACCUUUUAUCCUAACUACAAGGAAAUGGUGAGCAUGCCGUCAUUUCCUGUUGUUGUGAAGAUUGGACAUGCCCACUCUGGAAUUGGAAAGGUGAAGGUGGACAAUCACACUAAGUUCCAGGACAUAGCCAGUGUCGUGGCUCUCACACAGACCUACAGCACCACAGAACCUCUCAUCGACUCCAAGUAUGACAUCCGAAUCCAGAAGAUUGGUACCGACUACAAAGCUUACAUGAGAACGUCCAUAUCUGGUAACUGGAAGACCAACACAGGCUCAGCCAUGCUUGAACAGGUAGCCAUGACUGAUCGGUACAAAGUGUGGGCCGACACCUGCUCAGAGAUUUUUGGUGGUCUGGAGAUUUGUGCUGUUAAAGCUAUACAUGGAAAAGAUGGCAGAGAUUACAUCACAGAGGUGGUGGGUUCUUCCAUGCCACUGGUAGGGGAACAUCAGAAUGAAGACCGGCAGCUCAUUGCAGACUUGGUGCUGGCAAAAAUGAACCAAAUAGCGAGCAAUGAGGCCAACGCUCCACAGAGACCCACCACAGUGCAACCAUCCCAGGGAGCGGGCCAAAAGGGGGACAUAACAGCCGACGGCAUCAAGAACGGCGUUGGCCGCCCCCCUCAAGGUUGCCUGCAGUACAUCCUGGACUGUAAUGGCGUUGCAGUGGGGCCAAAAUCAGUCCAGGCCAACUGAGCGAACCAGGAAAAAGUGUUGCAGUGUCUAAAUAACAAUGAGGACCUUAGCUGAACACAAGCUCAGAUGUGUUUGUGGAUGUUUGAAUCCCAUCUUACUGGUAAAAGCUCGGCCCAGCUGGGAGCUGGCCUGGAUGUUGUUUUAACUCUAUGCAGUGUCCAAAUGUACUGUCUACCUGCUGAGCUGUUGAUCAGUGUGCUUGUUUGGGUCACAUUCUGUAUGUCUGUGCUGCUGUGGUUUAUCUCUGGGGCCGUUGUUGAUGACGUUAAAAGAGAACUGUGCCUACACCGAGUUGGGUGGUGCUCUAUGCUAACUGUCUGACCCCGCUGUGACUCUUUGUUUUGCCCCCUGUCUCUUCAGUUUGAUGUGCACCCCCUAGAUGUUGCUAGAUUUAUGUGCCACUAUACUGUGGGAGCUUUUUAUUUCCGUGUCGUGGGUGUGUAUACCUAUAGAUGUGAUUAUUUUCAUACCUGGUCAAAUAGAUAUUUAUUUUUUGUGUUUUGCAUGAUUGGCACAAUGCAGAUACAGUGAGUUGUUUGAUUAAAUAGCUGUUAGAUUGCUGUGCUUAUCUGAGCUGUGUUUCCUGAGAUUCACUCAUUGUGUAAUAAGAGACUAAUAUUAAUAAGAUCUAAAGAAUUCUGUAUUUGCCUCCUUAAUCUAUUCUCUAAAUGAUAAUGUCACACUGUCUUCAAAAUAAAGUUAUUCAGAGUGGUGAAAUAUUAGAUUUAUCGAAGAUUUUAUGAAGUAGUUUGCUGUGAAAGUGUCUUGACACACAGCUUCAAUAUAUUUGCAGAUUCUUGAGCCAAAGAAUAUAUUAUUUUCAUUUAUUAUUUGCACUCCACUAAGUGUAAAUACCAGUGGGGUGACUGUUCACCCUGCACAACGACUGUCCAUUUUAUCCAAACAGUGGUCCAAGAUUGUCCUGAUGCGUUCAAAUGUCUUCUAUGUGGAAACAGUUAUUUUUAGUGAUGAUGUUCCACAAAAUGCUUGAAGUGAACUCCCCCUUGUAGAUCUCAGGCUGGAUACAAGCUAUAUAACGGAUGCGUUGCUAUGACAACGACGAAAGGUGCUCUGUGGUUUAGUGGGACCAGUGCCGGACUACCGUAGUGCUUAUGUUACUGCCGUUCUUGUGAGAAAAAGGAAAAACGUGUCACGCAAGAUACUUAAAAUCAAAAUUUAUGUUGCAUUAUUUGAAAUAUGCAUUAAAAAGAUUUGGCCCUUUUGCUCCAAUGUCUUAAUCCCUUGCUGUUGUCUUGUGGCUUUUGUGGAAGCUUUUUUUUAUUAUUUAUCUAACACUCAAAAAAAUAUUAAACAGCUAAAAAUCAGCCAAAUAUAAUGUAAAGAUCAUACUGUUCUCUAUUUCUUAUUGUAACAGAAAACGUGGUCAACAAGCUCUCUUUUUUGUUUUUGUUUUUUGUAGUGUCUCCUUGUGGAAGCCAUGCCUGAGGCUUUUUGUAUGUGACGUUCAGAUUCAUAGGAAUAAUGCCAUUACACCGAUAUCCAAGGGAAGAAUGUGCAUUGUUACCCCAGUCAUUAAUAGACGCAAUGUUGAUCUAGCAUUUGCUCAAUCAAUACAGACCUGUUGGACCGCAACUAUUAAGGACUGGGGUUCUGUAAAAACCAGUUUGGAGCAGUUUACAUCCAGAUCAGAACACAGUGUAUUGUAUCUGUGAAUUUUUCCUCUCAUCAAUGGCAAUAAAGCUUAAUUUGCAAUAUA